AGUGACGACAGACGGGAAACAUAAGGAGGAAGAAAAAACAUUCUUCUUCUUCGUUGGGAUAGAAAGAUAACUAAAAAGUCUUCCUUUUCUUCCACCCUCUUAACCACCAAAAACCCUACUCAUUUUUACUCCAUACUUUCUGCAAUUCAACCCGUUUUUUUGUUUUCCCAAUUCAUGCUUAAAUUAUCUGCAAAGCUACCUGAAUCCGACCCUUUUCUUCAAACUUCUUCAAUUUCUUGCGAGUUGUUCAAUCUGCUAUUGGAGUAGGAAUUUUCAUGGCUUCCACUCCUGCCACGUGUUCACCGAUCUCUCUCCAGCUUCGGCUAGCGCUGAAUUGCAAGAAUUGCGCGAAAUUCCCUUCAGUUCUUGUUCGGGCGAGAGUGAGGAAGCUGGAUCCUCGGGUCCGCAUGACUUGUUAUCCUAUUGUUUAUAAUGGCGCGAUAAUCGAAAGAGCAAAUGGGCAGCGCCGUAGUGGAGUUUGUUUUGCUCGAUCGGAUUCGACAGGCGAUGGAUUCUCAGGGUGGUCGGAAUCGGAUUCCGGGGAGGAGGUUUUGGACUUGCGGAGAAAGACGUGGUUUGGAGGGUUGGUGGGAAUUGGAAUUACUGGAUUCAUUCUUGUUUCGGGAAUCACCUUUGCAGCAUGGUCAAUAAGCAAGCAGAAUAGUUCCAGACAAAAGCCACAAAUGGAGGCCUUAAGUACGCAGCAAGAAUUAUUAUUGGACUCUGAUACUGGAAAUGAUAGGCUGGGUGAAAAUGAAAAAGAAGAUAACAGUGUGAAUGCAGAUGAUAGAACUCUCGCUGGUAAAACAGGUAAUCAUGAGGAAUCUUCUUCAUAUACAGAAAAUGAAGAUCUCGACAAAAAUACAGUUGGUGAUGGUGUUGAUGUCGAGAAGUUAUCAGGAAAUGAUGUUGAAUCUUCAUCCAGCAAUAAUGAUGUCAAUAAUGUUGCUUCCUUCCAAGAAGAUUUCCAAUCUGAUUCCCCAUCAGCUGUUACGUCAGUUGCUGCCGGAAGUUUGAGUUCACUUAUGGAGACUGAUUCUAGUGUAGCUUCCGGUUCUAAAGAUGGAAACGACUGUCAUGCUGUUGGUACAGAAGUCUUAAAUUCUGAACCUGAAAUGAACAUAUUGAAAGAUGGCCCAGAUAACUCUUCUAAUUCUAAUACUAAUUCAUUAAACCCUAAAACUGAUAUUCAGGAUGAAACACCUGACACUAGUGAAAAUUAUGAUUUCAGCUCUGAGCAUAAAAUGAACCUAGUACCUGAGAAGUUACCACUCUAUGAUGAUAGUACAUCAAACCAUAAUUCUGGCAACCAGUAUGAACCACCUGGGCCUCUUAAUGAAAUUUCAGAUUCUUCGUUGCAUGAACUUUCUAGCGUGUCUGGCGACACAGCCAAGGAAUCAGGAUUUGUUGACAGAGAGACUGUGACUGAAUCAUCUAAACAAGUUCUGAACCCCACCAAAACUGAAAGGCUCUUAUCUGAGGCAACUACAUCAACCUUAGAACAGCAAAUAGAAAGAGGAUUAUCUGAAGCAGCAUUUGUCUCUGUCACAGCUUAUCCAUUGGUUGAUGUUCAAGAGAAAGAUCAUGAAACUAUCAUGAAUAGUACUGCUGCCAAACCGGAACUACAAGGGAUUUUAUUUUCUUCUGCAGGUGUUCCUGCUCCUUUGGCUUCUGCAGCUAUAAAAACACUUCCUGGAAAGGUCCUAGUUCCUGCAGUUGUGGAUCAGGUUCAGGGGCAGGCAUUGUCAGCACUGCAAGUUUUAAAGGUGAUAGAGGCUGAGGUUGAACCUAGUGAUCUAUGUACACGUCGGGAAUAUGCUCGUUGGCUGGUGUCUGCAAGCAGUGCUCUUUCAAGGAACACAACAUCUAAAGUAUAUCCAGCAAUGUAUAUAGAGAAUGUUACUGAGUUGGCAUUUGAUGAUAUUACUCCCGAAGAUCCUGAUUUUGCAUCUAUUCAAGGUUUGGCAGAAGCUGGACUGAUUUCAAGCAAACUUUCGAGACAUGACAUUCUUUCUUCCUUUGAUGAAGACCAGGGUCCUUUUUAUUUCUCUCCCGAAAGCCCCCUAUCACGUCAAGAUCUUGUGAGUUGGAAGAUGGCCCUCGAGAAAAGACAGUUGCCAGAGGCAGAUAGAAAGAUGCUCCACCAAGUUUCUGGAUUUAUAGAUACUGAUAAGAUCCAUCCCGAUGCUUGUCCUGCCCUUGUUGCUGAUCUCUCUGUAGGAGAGCAUGGAAUUAUAGCUCUAGCAUUUGGAUAUACAAGGCUUUUCCAGCCGGAUAAGCCUGUAACAAAAGCACAAGCUGCCAUUGCUCUUGCAACUGGGGAGGCUUCUGAUAUAGUAAGUGAGGAGCUUGCAAGGAUUGAAGCAGAAUCAAUGGCAGAAAAUGCAGUUGCUGCACAUGGUGCUCUAGUAGCUCAAGUUGAGAAAGAUAUUAAUGCCAGCUUUGAGAAACAACUCUCAAUUGAAAGGGAAAAGGUCGAUGCCGUGGAGAAAAUGGCAGAAGAGGCAAAGCAAGAGCUGGAGAGAUUAAGAUCAGAAAGAGAGAGAGAAAAUCUCGCCUUGAUGAAGGAACAUGCUGCCAUUGAAUCGGAAAUGGAAGUUUUUUCAAGAUUAAGGAAUGAGUUGGAGGAGCAGUUGCAAGGCCUGAUGAGUAAUAAAGUAGAGGUAUCUUAUGAAAAGGAAAGAAUCAAUAAACUCAGGAAAGAAGCUGAAAUCGAAAACCAGGAGAUUGCCCGCCUGCAAUAUGAGCUUGAGGUCGAGAGAAAGGCGUUGUCCAUGGCCAGAGCUUGGGCAGAGGACGAAGCGAAAAGAGCAAGAGAACAAGCCAAAGCACUUGAAGAGGCUAGAGAUCGCUGGGAAAGGCGUGGAAUCAAAGUUGUCGUUGACAGCGAUCUCCGUGAACAGGAAUCCGCUGGCGAUACUUGGCUCGAUUCUAGCAAACAGUUUUCAGUCAAAGAAACUGUCGACAGGGCCGAGAACUUAAUGGACAAGCUGAAAGUAAUGGCUGCAGAACUAAGAGGGAAAUCCAAAGAGAUAGUCGACAAGAUCAUCGAGAAGAUAGCUUUACUAAUAUCAAACUUGAGGCAAUGGGUUUCCGACGCUGGAAAACAGGCUGAAGAUCUAAAGGAAGUGGCCAUUUCAAGGGCAAGUAGAUCAACAAGUGAGCUGCAACAGAGCACUGCGGAGUUGAGGUUGGCGCUGAAAGAGGGAGCAAAGCGAGUUGUGGGAGAUUGUAGGGAAGGAGUAGAGAAAAUUACCCAAAAGUUCAAAACAUCGUAUGGUGAUUGAGCAGCUGAGUUGAGUUUUCUAUGUAUUGUAAUUCUGAAGAGCACAAUAAAGUUGGCGUCUAGUCUAUUUUGGAAAAUUUUGUAAGGCACUCUCCUAUAAUGGAAACUUCAGUCCAAAUCUACCAUAAAUCCCUACACAUUUAAAUUCAU